AGGUGCCAGAUAAUUCUUCCUCUAGUCAGAGGAGACAAACCAAUUGAGGCAUAUCGGCAGGAAUUUGUCUUCAGUUAACAUCGGUGUGAUCUCAGCUUCACUCCACACUUCUGUUGGCAACUCUUGUUCAAAAUGAAUGAAACAGAUCAAUAUCAACAGUUAACUCUUUCCGAGUACAACUUCGAAAGACACUUUGAUGAAAGGCUGGCCAUCGAAUGGAUGCAGGAGAACUGGGGUCAUGCAUUUGUAUUCUGUGGCCUAUAUGCGGCGCUGGUGUUUGGAGGGCAGCACUUCAUGAGAGACAGACAGAAACUUGACCUCCGCAAACCUCUGAUCCUGUGGUCAUUGAGUUUGGCCAUUUUCAGCAUUGUUGGCGCUGUCCGAACUGGGAUAUACAUGCUUUACAUUCUUCACACCUUUGGGUUUAAGCAGUCUGUCUGUGACCAGAGCUUCUAUAAUGGGCCGAUCACCAGAUUUUGGGCCUAUGCCUUCGUUCUUAGCAAAGCUCCGGAACUGGGCGACACGGCCUUCAUAGUGCUCCGUAAACAGCGGCUCAUCUUCUUGCACUGGUACCACCACAUCACCGUGCUGCUCUACUCCUGGUACUCCUACAAAGACCAGGUGGCCGGCGGAGGCUGGUUCAUGACCAUGAAUUACACCGUCCACGCGCUGAUGUACAGCUACUAUGUGGCCCGUGCGGCUGGCUACCGCGUUCCCAAGCCCUUCGCCAUGGUCAUCACGUCCGCCCAGAUUGCCCAAAUGGCCAUGGGCCUGACGGUGGUUGCCUUGGUUUACCGUUGGAUGCAGGAUGAGGGCUGCCCAUCGUACCUGGACAACAUUGUGUGGGCCACGCUCAUGUACCUUAGCUAUCUGGUGCUCUUUGCUUCAUUCUUCUACCAGACCUACCUCAAGGGAUUGAAGGGGAAGUCGGUGAAGGAUGGUAAGGCUACUAAGGUUGAGUAGACCUUUUAGGCAAUGCUUUUGUCUGUGAGUCUUCAGAAGUGUGUCAUGUUGAUAUUUUUUUUACACAAAGGACUUGUCUGGUGUCCUAUCUCCCUCAAUGUGCAUAGAUCAUUCUAUAGCUUGCUAAUCAUGUUGGAAGUGCCAAGAGAUAGCACCAGCAAAUUGUGGCCUAUUAUGUGGCAGUCUUCUCUGAGGUCCUCUGCACUGUGAGGCGCACCAGUAACACACAGCCAGCAACUACAUUAAUCUCCCAAAUAUACUAAAAAUCUAUAACAAUACAAGGCCUUUAACUGGCUCAUAUAACUGUAUAUUUAGGGUAAACGUUUCAGAUAAAAAUCUAAACUAAAGAAGUGCAGAUAACCAUCAUGUAAACUCUGAUUCUGGCAGGAUACAGGUAUUUUUGUCCUAAUUUCUGACCUAAAUUAAACUGUCCUUUUGAUUAACAGUUACUAUGCUGACUUUAGUUGGCUUUAAGCACCAUAUGUGUCUAGUUCUUCAUGCCUAACAAGGGUUGAAUAUGUUAGCUAGUUUUCUAUAUCUAUGCACAUUGAGAGAAAGAGAGAGAGAGAGAGAGAGAUUGCAAGGAAUCCUCUGAUGUUUGCUGGCCAGACCGGUUCUCGGUGAAACCUGUGAGGCUGUCUUUGAAGCAUGGAUGACUGGAUGAGCAUGAACUCCCCACCCCCACUUCCACCCCAGUCAUUCUAAAUAGGUUUGCAAACUCACUUUUUUUGUAUUCGUGUACAGACGUUCAUAGCAGUGCUCUCUGAACGGUUCUCUCUCAAGCCUACCCUGUAUUAUACUGAGACUGAUUUAUUUUAGUAUUUAUUACCAGAUCGUAUGAUGGCAUUAAUGGAUCAUGCCGGAUAUGUGUUGUCCAUGAUGUCAAAUGUUUAUUGUUUUUUUUAAUUAUUAUUAUUAUAUAUGUUUGUACUAAAAUAUUUGUGCUUUAUGUUUAUGUCGCCUCUUCUACAUUAAGGGAUUGGCAUGUGUCCUAGUCAAGUUUUGACCAUGUUUGUAUACUGGUGAGGACUCAUUACUGACGUACACAUAUAUCAUAUAUAUCUGGCCAAAUAUAUAUAUAUAUAUAUAUAUAUAUAUAUAUAUAUAUAUAUUUUCUCUUUGAGAAAAGAAAAAGAAAAAAUCUCUACCUCAUUUAUGUCUUACUAAGGAAUGUCAGUAGAAUGGACCUGGAAUGUCCCUGAUGGUUCCUAUUCUCUUUACACUCUUGGAGGCAAUUUUAAUAUUUAAUUGUAAUAUUUUAUUGUUUCUCUUUUUCUACAUUGAGAACUGGUUUUGGAUUUGGCCUAGCUUUUUUCUUCAGAUUUGUGUGCAUCCGUCAGUUAUUUUGUUUGUUUACAUUAUUUUGAUUAUUCAAGUGACAGGUGAUGGGUUUGUUUGAUUUACACACUGUUAAAACGUAUUUCACCUAUCACGUAUAGUUUAAUACUGACAGAAAAAAAAAAGAUGUGUGCCAACAGUUUCAGUGCUUUUAGACUGUUACAAUGCUGUAUUGGUUCUUAGAGGUAAUCCUUGCCAAUUUUGGAGGACUACAGCCAUUUUGUUUAAUUAUCAGUUUGUUUGAACAGGUGCAUUUUAAAUGAAUGUAAAGAAUACUUAUUCAGUGUGAUAUAAUAAAGCUGCUAUUUUACAA